CUGGGCGGGGUGCGCACCGCCCCUUCCGCCGCCGCCGCCCCCGCGAGCCCGGGCCGGGCUCAGUCCCAGCCCCAGCCCAGCCCAGCUCCAGUCUCAGUCGCAGCCCCAGCCCUGGCCAGGUCACCCCAGCGUCGUCUCGGAGCGCGGCGGCAGCUGACUGCGCGUUCACGACCCGCUGGGAGCCGCAAGCCCCGCCGUCGUUAUGAACAUCCGCAAUGCAAGGCCAGAGGACCUAAUGAACAUGCAGCACUGCAACCUCCUGUGCCUCCCCGAGAACUACCAGAUGAAAUACUACUUCUACCACGGCCUGUCCUGGCCCCAGCUCUCUUACAUCGCAGAGGAUGAGAAUGGGAAGAUUGUGGGGUAUGUCCUGGCCAAAAUGGAAGAGGAUCCGGAUGACGUGCCCCAUGGACAUAUCACCUCACUGGCUGUGAAGCGUUCCCACCGGCGCCUUGGACUGGCUCAGAAGCUGAUGGACCAGGCCUCCCGAGCCAUGAUAGAGAACUUCAAUGCCAAAUACGUCUCUCUGCAUGUCAGGAAGAGUAACCGGGCCGCCCUGCACCUCUAUUCCAACACCCUCAACUUUCAGAUCAGUGAAGUGGAGCCCAAAUACUAUGCAGAUGGGGAAGAUGCAUAUGCAAUGAAGCGGGAUCUCACCCAGAUGGCUGAUGAGCUAAGGCGGCACUUGGAGCUGAAGGAAAAGGGCAGGCACAUGGUGCUGGGCUCCACUGAGAACAAGGCGGAGAGCAAGGGCAACUCACUUCCAAGCUCGGGAGAGGCCUGUCGUGAGGAGAAGGGCCUGGCCGCUGAGGACAGUGGUGGUGACAGCAAGGACGUCAGCGAGGUCAGCGAGACCACUGAGAGCACUGACAUCAAGGACAGCUCAGAGGCCUCUGACUCGGCCUCCUAGAGCCUGUGUGUUCCUCUCCCCACCCUGACCUGCCUGUCCUAUCCUCACCCAUGAAGUUUUACAAUAAACUUCACCCAGUGGC